AUGGCAAAUUCACUGACCGAACAUGAUGAACAUGGUAUCGAUAAUGCGGUCAGCCAUCAUUCGGUCUCCAAAGUUGUGGACAAUAAACUUUCGCCGAUUCUUAAAUGAAGGUCCCAGAAUAGAGGCGACUUCUUCUGUACUGGAUUCAGUACCAAAACUAGAAGAAGAUGCAGGACAGUCAAUAUGCUUUGGUUGUGUUCCAACAAGAUGAAGCAGUGCACUCGUUCCAGGAGACAGCGCUGCACCCUGCCAAAAUGCCUAUAUCAAGACAACAAAUUUUCCUACCUGAAAAAUAUCUUAGUGGGUUGCCAGUGGGAGAAGUGCAUGAAGAACUAAGACCACAAAAGAAGAAACCUAUGGAGAAAGUCUAUAAUGACUUACAUUUUGCCAAAGAUGGGAUCACAGGGCAGAUAGAUUUACUUUACAACUCCUUGAAGGUUCAGGACACUGACAUAUUGAAAAGGUGCUUUGUGAGAGGCCAGAUGCAACACUUGUUAGAGAAGUUCUUUCCACACCUGGCUGUACAGCCAUUUGGAUCCACAAUGUGUGGACUGUCCAGUGCCUACAGCUCUGACCUGGACCUAUAUUUGGUUGACCUUAAAAACGGAAGUGGUGAUGAUCUGUCAUCAACCGUCUUACCCCAAAAUAGGGCCUUGAUCGACAUGCCUUCUGAAUUAGCCAUAAUUGGAAACCUUUUGCCAGCAUGGUCCUCACACCUUAAGGCAGUUCAAUUUGUGUUGGGUGCAAGUAUUCCACUUUUGAAGCUGAGACACAAUGUGUUGAACCUUGACAUAGACCUCUGUGGACAAAAAGCCCAAAGCAAUGGCAAACAUAUAUCCAAACUGUUACACACGUUUGCUGGACUGGAUGCACGGGUGAAACCCCUUGUUUUAGUCAUCAAAGAGGUUGCACAGCAACUAAAAAUUGUAAGGUAUCCUCAACCAAACCCCACAAUGACAAACUUUAUGGUCACAGCUCUGGUUGUGAGUUUUCUACAAACAAGGACACCCAGUAUAUUGCCUUCUGCUGAAUAUGCUGACUCAUUGCACAAUGAAAGAAAUCAGUCUUCAUUAUUUGUAUCACAGAACAGCAACACCACAGGAGAUCUGUUGUUGGAGUUUUUCCAGCAUUAUCACAAGUUUAAUUUUCUUUGCCAAGGUCUAUCUAUAGAUCUGGGGCAAACUGUUAAACUCGCACCUCCCAGCAUUAAGCCGGGCAUAAGCUGCACUCUCUAUGGCAAUAAUCUAUGUAGAAAUAAAAACAAGAUGGAUUACCUCAAAUUCUUUAGAAUGUCAUGUGAACAUGCCCUGAGAGUGCUUGAGAAACCUUUUGAUAAUUCAAUGGAACCUUGGGGACUGGAAGCACUUUUGAAGACUAAGAAUCCUUUGAGGACACAACAAAAGAAGAGACUGCCACAGGUGAUCUUGAUUUAA